AUGAUUGAAACAGCCGAUGGUAGUGAUAUGCAAAUGAAGGUUAUACACGAAGAAUAUAAAAUAUGGAAAAAAAAUGCACCUUUCCUCUAUGAUCUCAUUAUGACACACGCUCUUGAGUGGCCGUCUUUGACCAUACAGCAACGCAGUUCUGAGAAUGUGGCGCAGAAACUCGUGCUUGGUACACAUACGUCGAAUGGUGAACAGAACUAUCUAAUGAUAGCAUCUAUCAAACUACCCGACUUGGACAUGGAUAUGACCAAAGGUGAGGUGAAUCGGUGCAUGCCUCAGAAUCCUUUUAUUCUGGCCACCAAGUCGCCAUCUUCCGAAGUUCAUGUGUUUGACGUAUCAAAACACCCAUCAGUACCGAAAGACGGGAGCUUUCGUCCUGAGCAUCAGUGCACCGGGCACACGAAGGAAGGCUAUGGUCUCUCUUGGAAUCCGCACAUCGCUGGACAGCUUCUGAGUGGUUCUGACGACGGUAGUAUAUGCUUAUGGGAUAUCAACCAAGCCUGCAUGAAGAUUGCCGCAUUAAGCACGUGGCAGGACCACGUUGAUGUUGUCGAAGAUGUAUCAUGGCACGCGCAUAAUCCUCACGUCUUUGGAUCAGUCGGUGAUGAUAGGCAGCUGCUCUUGUGGGAUGCACGAAAUAAGCAGCAAGAUCCGUUUGCACGGGUCACUGCUGCUCACUGUGCCGAUAUAAAUGCAAUAGCAUUUAACCAACAUCAUGAAUUUUUGUUGGCUACCGGCUCGGCAGAUGAAACGAUCAAAGUCUGGGACAUUCGGAACACCUCCGAAGCCAUUCAUACGCUUUCGGGCCACACCAAAGAAGUUUUUCAGCUGCAAUGGGCACCAUUCAGCGCCUCGAUACUAUCCUCAUGUGGAGCGGACAGGC